AUGGAUCAACGAGCGCAGCCUGUUGAGGCCCAGCAGCCGCCGGCGCUCAACCUCUUGGGCCAGACCAUCGCCCGUCUCUCCGAGUACGGGCAGAACGCCACCAACAACAUCUCCCAGGGCUUCAACAGCAUGACCCUGCAGUCGUGGAUCCGCAUCGUCGUCAUUGCAGGCGGUUACAUGCUCCUCCGGCCCUACUUCCUGAAGGCCGUCACCAAGGGCGCGGUAGAGAAGAUGGAGAGAGACGACAGAAAAGCCCGCGGCGAGGACGACAAGCUGCCCCGUCCGGAGCUCUCGCCAAAUGAGUACCGCGGCUUCAGGGACAAGCUGUACGCUGCCGCCGACGACGACAAUGCCGGCGGUGAUGGCACCAGCUCGGAUUGGGGUCAGAAGGCGCGCGUGCGCCAGCGAAAGAUGCUGCGCGAGCUGCUGGAGGAGGAUGAGAGGCGCAGAGCAGCACUGGAUGAAGAUGCUGAUAUUCAGGAGUUCCUGGAGGAUUGA